UCAGGUCACAGCAUCACUUGGUUCACAGCACUGAAACACAAACACAAAAAAAAUGGAUUCCUGGCUCAACAUGGUGCUACUCUGUGGACUUUUGUGGAUAGCAUCUCUUCAGACAACGAGCGCAUACAGAUUUCGACGGUCCAGGAGCGAGAACCCGAUUCUGAACACAAAUAUCGAGAAACUAAAAGCACAUUAUAACACGCUUGCAAAGGAUUGGGUUGGAAAAUCUGUUUUUGUUUCUCAUCUGGACCAGCUGAAUUCUAGGCCAACCUGCACCUGCCAGGCUGUGUUGCUUGAAGGAAUGCUGAGCAUCUAUGAAGACAUUUUCCAAGACAUGAUGAACAAGUCAGACAAUAAAGAAGUGAGAGACGAUCUUAAAGAAGUAAUUAAUGAGGUGAAAAAGUUGAAGCACAAGUACAAUGAAGAACAUAAAUUAUGGAGGGAGCUCCAGGAUAUUCACUCAGUCAAGGCGAAAAAUGGAACAAUCCAAGAAAGAGCAUUAAAUGACUUCCUGAAGGUGUAUUAUCGGGCCUCCACAGAAAAACGGCAUUUACACAUGUCUUAGGCAUGACAAGGCCCACUGAGAAGAUCUAAAGGGUCUUUACUUUUAUGUAGUAAAACUAGUGCUUUGCUAUUGUAUUUGCCUAUUUAUUUAUAAGUUAUUUGUAAUUAUUUAUUUUGUUUUAUUUUUUAAUUUAUACUCUAC